AUGACCGUGGUGAUUGGUUUCGAAGGCAGUGCCAAUAAAAUUGGCAUCGGCAUCAUCAGGGACGGAGAAGUGCUGUCCAACCCAAGACGGACCUUUAUCACGCCUCCUGGACAAGGCAAGUCGCACUGGACAUCACCCACACAGAAAUCAUGUUUUAUGCCAAGUGAGACAGCCAGGCACCAUCGGUCAGUUAUUCUGACUGUCCUGAAAGAGGCGCUGGAGCAGGCCGGGCUCAAACCCACAGACAUCGACUGUGUAGCAUACACCAAAGGUCCCGGUAUGGGCGCUCCUUUAGUAACGGUGGCCAUAGUGGCCCGCACCGUGGCACAGCUCUGGGGGAAACCGCUCCUUGGAGUCAACCACUGUAUCGGACACAUCGAGAUGGGUCGCCUCAUCACCAAGGCCAACAACCCCACCGUGCUCUACGUCAGCGGGGGAAACACACAGGUCAUCGCCUACUCAGAGCGGCGGUACAGAAUCUUUGGGGAGACCAUCGACAUCGCUGUCGGCAACUGUCUGGACAGGUUUGCCAGAGUAAUUAAGAAGAUGCUUGUUAAUGCUGGGUGUGAAAUUGUGUCUCCAAAGAUUUCCAAUGACCCCAGUCCGGGUUAUAAUAUAGAGCAGAUGGCCAAAAAAGGGAGUCGAUAUGUGGAGCUGCCCUAUACAGUCAAAGGAAUGGAUGUGUCGUUUUCUGGGAUUCUGUCGUAUAUCGAGGUAAGUCGUUCUCUCAUCAGUAGAAUGCGGUUGUCUCCCAAAAGCCCAACCGGUCUUCAUUAA